GAGACACCGCCCGCAGAGCAAGGCCCGGAGACGCAGCAGAAGAAGAACCGAAGAGACCAUUAUGGCGAUGCCCUACGUCAGACGCAGGCCGGUCGUGCUCCUGCUCGCGCUGGCCGUCGCCUUCUUCCUGGUCAGAAACUUCCGCCAGCCAUCGUCGAGCAGCGGCGGCGUCGCCAGCAGCGCUUCGUGGCCGCCGCCAGACACCACCACGCCGGCCGACGGGGCCUUCUCCUGGGCUCAUGUACCCCAGAAAUAUGCAGUCCGGUCCAUGAUCAAGAUGCCUCGGGGCGAUCCCAGCAGCAUUCCGCUGAUUCAGCACCGUUUCUCAGGCAAAGAGGACGAGGAUGCGCGCCGUCUGCGGCUCAGUCGGCUCGAGGCUGUCAAGGGCAACUUCUCUCAUGCAUGGAACGGCUACAAGGCUCAUGCAUGGAUGGCAGACGAGGUCGCGCCGCUGUCCGGCCUGGCAUUGAACCCCUUUGGCGGUUGGGCGGCCUCCAUGGUCGACGGGCUAGAUACGCUAUGGAUAAUGGGCCUGUACGACGAGUUUGCGGAAGCAGUCAAGGCCAUUGAUGGCAUUGACUUCAACAACUGCACCGUGGAAGAAGUCAAUGUCUUCGAGACCACCAUUCGCUACCUGGGUGGCCUGCUGGGCGCCUACGACGUAAGCGGGCAAAAGUACCCUUCUCUGCUGCGCAAGGCAGUCGAGAUCGGUCAGAUGCUCUAUGUGGCCUUCGACACGCCCAAUCGCAUGCCCAUUGCCCACUGGGACUUCAAGAAGGCUGCUGCCGGCGCCAGACCCAAGGCCGCCGACCAGAUGAUUGUUGCCGAGAUUGGCUCGCUCACCAUGGAGUUUACUCGCCUUACCCAGCUUACUGGUGAUCCAAAGUACUUCGACGCGGUGCAGCGGAUCAUGAACGCCAUGGAAAAGCAGCAGAGCAAGACCAAGCUUCCCGGUAUGUGGCCGUUCAUGAUUGAUGCAGAGGCCAUGAAUUUCUGUUCUUCGAAUCGAUUCACCAUCGGCGGCAUGGCAGAUUCCCUGUACGAGUAUCUCCCAAAGCAAUAUAUCCUGCUUGGUGGGGCUUCCCAACAAUAUAAGAAGCUCUACAAAGGUGCCUUUGCCGCCAUGGACCGAAACAUCUUCUUCCGCCCCAUGACAAAGCAUGGUGAAGACAUUCUCUUUCCCGGCGAUGUCACGGUCAGUCAGAGGGUGCCGUUGUCCGAACUUCGCCCGGAACCCACCGCUCAGCAUCUCAGUUGCUUCGCGGGCGGGAUGGUUGGUCUGGCAGCCAAGGCCUUUCAAAGCGACGAUGACAUGGACACGGCAAGGAAGCUGGUCGAGGGGUGUCUCUGGGCAUACGAAAAGAGCAGCAUGGGUAUCAUGCCUGAGAUCAUGGUCACAGUCAGAUGCCAGGACCGCAACGACUGUCCCUGGAACGAAGAAGUAUGGAAAAAGGCCGUUGAAGAUACGUACUACACUAUAGGCACCGAUUUUUACGAGUAUGUUGCAGAACAAGGAUUAAUGCCUGGGUUUGUUCGGAUUCCAGACAGGCGUUACAUUCUCAGGCCGGAGGCAAUUGAGUCCAUAUUCGUCCUCUAUCGCCUAACAGGAGACUCCUCCCUGCUCGACAGAGCAUGGAGGAUGUUCGACACCAUCGUCAAACACACCAUCACCGAUAUCGCCCACGCGGCGCUGGAUGACUGCACCAUCCCCAAACCAACCAAAUCAGACCGCAUGGAGUCCUUCUGGUUUGCCGAAACGCUCAAGUACUUCUAUCUCAUCUUCUCUGAGCCAGACGUCGUCAGUCUUGACGAGUACGUGCUCAAUACAGAGGCCCAUCCAUUCCGAUACCGCUAA